UCUGUGUGGUUCUUAAACUGCAUUUAGAAACAGUAACUCCACUGUGCUUGGAGAAAUAUUGGUGGAAUUGAAGAUUGUAUAUAAGGAAGCUAACUUGAAGUCCAACCCUUUGACAUAUGUCAUUUAAAUUAUAUGAAACUACAACUCGUAGCAUUACCUUGAACAUACACACAAAAGGUUUCAGAUGUGAGCAAAGGAAGUUAUCUGAGUGUGUGCAGUAAACGCUGAGGCCUCUGGGUGUCGCUAUUGACCACGCAUGAAGAAAACCCGCUGCUGGAGCGCCAGUCCACCAUUUCCUUGCUUCCCAAAACGCAGAGCCAGAAAACCGGGCAGAAAACCGAGGCGAAAACCAAGCCCGCCCCACAAUUCAACCCGCGCUGGGAUCUAUGAAUAAAUCCCACAAAAGCCUUAACUUCUUGAGGAAGUAAGGCUGGAGUGCAACGUGGGAAACUGGAAACGGAUUCAGAGAAAACAAUCCAGCAGAAGGGCAAUGAGCAAUUGCUUGGCAUUUCGAAAUGGCAGGGGACUGGCUCUGUUGUGCGCGCUGCUGGGGAGCCUGUGGGACCCAGGAACCGGGCAGAUCCGCUACUCCGUGCGCGAGGAGCUGGACAAAGGCUCCUUCGUGGGGAACCUCUCCAAGGACCUGGGACUGGAGCCCCGGGAGCUGGCGCAGCGCGGGGUCCGCAUCGUCUCCAGAGGUAGGGCGCAGCUUUUCUCUCUGAACCCCGGGAGCGGCGGCUUGGUGACGGCGGGCAGGAUCGACCGCGAGGAGCUCUGCGCCCAGAGCGCGCGCUGCCUGCUCCACUUCAACGUCCUCAUUGAGGACAAAUUGAAAAUUUUUGAAGUAGAAGUAGACAUUACAGAUAUUAACGAUAAUGCUCCUAGUUUUCCAACAGAGGAAUUAGAAAUCAAGAUUGGUGAACUAACCGAUCCUGGAACGCGAUUUCCACUUAAAACUGCUUUUGACCCAGAUGUAGGCACGAACUCCUUGCAGAACUACAAGCUCAGUCCCACUGACUACUUUUCGUUGGUUGUGAACACUGCCUCUGAUGGUGCUAAGUACCCAGAGCUGGUGCUGGAGCGAUCCCUGGACCGUGAGACAAAGGCAGUGCACCAAUUGGACCUCACUGCUUCUGAUGGUGGGGACCCGGUCCGCUCAGGUGCCCUGUGCAUCCAAGUGAUAGUGGUGGAUGCAAAUGACAACCCGCCCGUGUUUACACAGCCUGAGUACCAUGUCAGUGUUCUGGAGAGUGUGCCAGUGGGCACCCGGCUGAUCACAGUGAAUGCCACUGAUCCUGAUGAAGGAUUCAAUGCUCAAGUGUCCUAUAUUCUAGAUAAAAUGCCUGGGAAAAUCGCUCAGGUUUUCCAGCUCAAUUCAGCAACUGGUGACAUAUCAAUAUUAAAAAGUCUAGAUUAUGAGGAGGCUAUGUCCUAUGAGAUUAAAAUUGAAGCACAAGAUGGACCAGGCCUUUUCUCGAGAGCCAAGGUUCUAGUCACAGUUCUGGACGUGAAUGACAAUGCCCCGGAAGUUACCAUUGCUUCCCUCACAGGCGCCGUCCCGGAGGAGGCGGCUGCAGGGAGCGAAAUUGCCCUUAUCAAUGUGCAUGACCGGGAUUCUGGACAGAAUGGACAAGUUUCCAUUUUUGUCCUAGGAAAUCUGCCAUUUAAUUUAGAAAAAUCCGUAGGCCAGUAUUACCGCCUAGUGACCGCUGGGUCUCUGGAUCGGGAACAGGUGUCCCAAUAUAACAUCAGUCUGAGAGCCACCGAUGGCGGGACUCCUCCACUGUCCACGGAAACUCGCAUCACUCUGCAGGUGACAGACAUCAACGACAAUCCUCCUACCUUCACACCUGCCUCCUACUCCGCCUACAUCCCAGAAAACAACCCUAGGGGAGCCUCAGUCUUCUGUGUGACUGCCCAGGACCCAGACAGUGAGGACAAUGCUCGCAUCACUUAUUCACUGACAGAUGACACCCUACAGGGAGUGCCACUGUCCUCCUACAUCACCAUCAACUCCAACACAGGUGUCCUGUAUGCCCUGCAGUCCUUUGACUAUGAGAGAUUUAGAGAACUCCAGCUCGUGGUGACAGCUAGUGACAGCGGGAAGCCUCCACUCAGCAGCAACGCGUCCUUGCACCUGUUCUUGGUGGACCAGAAUGACAAUGCGCCUGAGAUCCUCUACCCCGUGGUCCCCACGGACGGUUCCACGGGUGUGGAGCUGGCGCCUCGCUCUGCAGAGCCGGGAUACCUGGUGACCAAGGUGGUGGCCGUGGACAGGGACUCAGGGCAGAACGCCUGGCUGUCCUACCGCCUGCUCAAGGCCAGCGAGCCGGGGCUCUUCACGGUGGGGCUGCACACGGGUGAGGUGCGCACGGCGCGGGCCCUGCUGGACAGAGACGCGCUCAAGCAGAGCCUCGUGGUGGCGGUGCAGGACCACGGCCAGCCGCCCCUCUCGGCCACCGCCACGCUCACCAUCGCCGUGGCCGACAGCAUCCCCGACGUCCUGGCCGACCUGGGCAGCGUGCAGACCUCCAGCGAGCCGCGGGACGCCGACCUCACGCUCUAUCUGGUGGUGGCCGUGGCUGUGGUCUCCUGUGUCUUCCUGGCCUUCGUCAUUGCGCUGCUGGCGCUCAGGCUGAGGCGCUGGCACGCAGUGCGCCUGCUCCGGGCCUCCAGCAGCGGAUUGGCUGGCGCGCCUGCCUCUCACUUGGUGGGCGUGGCUGGAGUGCAAGCUUUCCUGCAGACCUAUUCGCAGGAGGUGUCCGUGACUGCGGACUCCCGCCAAAGCCACCUCAUCUUCCCCCAGCCCAACUAUGCAGACAUGCUCCUCAGCCAGGAGAGCUGGGACAAGAAGGAUGGCCUCUCUGUGCCCCAGUCUUUACUAGGCGAUAAAGGAGAUGAAUCCUCUCAGCUGUCUACUUCGAACCACUGA